UAAAGGCUUGAUAUCUAUUGAGGGAAGCUUAGUAGUUAGUACUUAGAAUGCUCGCAGAUAUUAUGUAAGACGGGAAGAGUUGCUAAUGAAUUCGGCGAAGCAAUUCAUAUUUCCAAAACGAAAGAAAAAAGCAAAAGAAUCGCAUUAGGUUCUGCCUGUUCGGCUAUCCUACAGUCUGGCAUUGCCCAGGAACAAGAAAGAAACAGAAGAUAACUUUCAUAGUUGUUCUUUUUUUUCGAACUCUGUUAUGCCUAUUGUGGAACUCGGCAUUGCCGAUGCGAAAUCCAACAUAAGCAAACGGCUGUUCUCAUCCGAAAGAUCUCAUCAUUCAUGAGUAGCGAUACGGUUGACUUGUAUCUAGUUGUAUCUCUCCGUCAUAUUGAAGCCUAAUGCUGGAAGAGGAUGCAAUGACCAGUUCUGCCAUGAGCCAAAAAACCAUUCUUGGUCUUGUUCUUUCCUCGACAGAUACCGGUUUCGUUCCAGCCCACCAAAAGCUGUGGUUCGCCUUGUACCGAGCUGGAGGCCUCGCUCGUUUGAACUACGCUUCACUCGGAUCGGAUGCGUUAAGCUACUGAAAGCACUUCGACGAGCAAUCGCUAGGUUUAGAUAUGAUGCUCAGCUGACAGCUCACUUGUGACUGCUUCAUGGUUGUGGAUUCACAUUCAUCACGAGCCAGGUCGUUAUUUUCAUACCGAUGCCAAUAUGACUUACAGGUACAGUGACAAUAUCUUGUCCAUGGAACCCCCCAAGGCAACAUAACUUAUUCCCCCCAUUUCACUUCCAUCUGCAACCCACAAAUUAAAUUUUUUUUUUCUUCACCUUUUUAUAUGAUGACUUAUCUAUUUAUUUCACUGAACAAUCUGUGCAAACUAGUUGCAAUAAUUUAUGUGGAGCAACCUAAUUAUUUUUUGCAUGGGUAGAGUUCUUAUUUGGCGCCCCCUCAAAGACAACUGGCCUCACCAAGAUUUAAUAUACGAAUCAUCAUCAUGAAGGGUGGACAAAACAUAUGAUUCGGGCAUGAGGCUGGAUUUCAUGUUCUUAUCCAUUUAACUUUUGCAAAAAAUAAGAAAUACCAGGUUUUGACCGUUAGCCACCAGUAGCCUAGCUACUAUUUAAAUAUCCUUUCCCGGGAAACCAAGAAGCCACCCCAUUGCACGUUCAAAACCACCUUUCCUUGUUUGGAAAUUUAUUUUUUUCUUCCCUGAAAAAUAUUAGCUAAGCAGGUUUUCUUCUUUCUUUGUUUUUCUUUAUUCGAUUGAAUCGUUGAGCCCUCUCUAGUUCUCUUGCAUGUGCGCACUUUCGAUGGUUCACUUACAGAUUUCGGCUGAAAUGUUUCGAUCUUGCUGCGAAAGUUUGUUUUCCCUUUGCUUAUAUAGUUCAGUCAGCUAAACUUUUACUUCACCAAAUUGGAAAAAGCAUUUGUGCAAUGAGCUUUAUUCAUGACAGGGGAGACUGAAGCGUUGUACUUGUGGCGGUUUUCGAGGAGCAGCGCGCGAUAGAAGAUUGGAGAACGAAAUGGAGGCAAAUAAUGGUGCGGUGGCGAAGAAAGGAAAAGAUAAAGUGGUGGCUGUGAUUUCGGGCUCCAGAGGUGAAGUCGAGAAGCCCGGCUCUUCUUUGGAGAAUUCGCAGUCGGGUCUUUCAAUGGAUCCCGAUCCUGAGUUGAAAGAUGUUAAGGAUGCUGCGCUGAAAGUGCAAGUACCGAAUCUGAAUAGCUCGUUUUUUGGACAAGGGUCCACAGAACCAAGCCAGACUGCCUCAGGUCAGCCUCCUAUGGUUCCAACCGGCACUUUGACUAGAAGAAAAUCAUUACUCGCGAGGUCCGCAUAUUCGAAGCCGAAAUCGAGAUUUGUCGAACAGUCAUAUCCUAAUAAGGCAGAGUUAGCCGAAGUCAAGUCCCAGUCGAAGAGUGCGAGUUCGUCCUCCGGGAAUUCACCUAGUGUGGCUUCACCAGGUGCUCAUGUCGGUUCUGCUACUUCAAAUGAAAAUGUGAAAACAGCUCCAGCCACUCCAAGAACACCAAUUCUUGUUUCGUCGGGCGGAGGCAAUGACGAAGACGACGAUGACGAGGUGCACAAGACUGCAAAUCUGGAAGUUCAGAAAAUGUCGGGUAAGAAUUUUAAGAAGAUGGUUUUGGUAGAGUGGAUUGCGUUCAUGUGCAUCACAGGUUUUCUGAUUGCUAGCUUGACCGUGCAUGAGUCGAAACCUAAAAUGAUCUGGAGUUUGAAGUUGUGGAAAUGGUGUAUUCUAGUUCUUGUGAUUUUCUGUGGCAAAUUGGUCACUGAAUGGUUGAUAAACAUAUGGGUGUUCAUGAUUGAGAGGAACUUCCUUCUCAAGAAGAAAGUUCUUUAUUUUGUCUAUGGAUUGAAGAAGAGUGCCCGAGAAUUUAUCUGGUUAGGUCUGGUCCUACUGGCCUGGGCGCUGCUGAUAAACCACGGUGUGAAGCGAUCGACGCACACCGCUAAAAUCCUGAAUUACGUCAUGAGGACUCUGGCUUCUUGUCUAUGGAUUGAAGAAGAGUGCCCGAGAAUUAUUCUGGUUAGGUCUGGUCCUACUGGCCUGGGCGCUGCUGAUAAACCACGGUGUGAAGCGAUCGACGCACACCGCUAA